CUUACUGCCCUGCAGGCGUUCGUGCUUGUGGCCAAGAGAAAGAGGACGUAAAUUCUUUAAAUCCCAGAAGGUCUGAGGGUCUGUGUUCACAGACAUCUGCAGGAAACCACAACAUCAUGCAAAAAUCCUGCAAAGAAAAUGAAGGAAAGCCCAAGUGCAGCGUGCCAAAGAGGGAGGAAGAACGCCCCUAUGGAGAAUUCGAACGCCAACAAACAGAAGGGAAUUUUAGGCAAAGGUUGCUUCAGUCUCUCGAGGAAUUUAAAGAGGACAUAGACUAUAGGCAUUUUAAGGAUGAAGAAAUGACAAGAGAGGGAGACGAGAUGGAAAGGUGUUUGGAAGAGAUAAGGGGUCUGAGAAAGAAAUUUAGGGCUCUGCAUUCUAACCAUAGGCAUUCUCGGGACCGUCCUUAUCCCAUUUAAUGCAUUUCUCCCCUGAAUUCAACUAUUUUCUGUUAUUAAUAUUGCAACAUUGGUUCCUUUUGUCUGCGUUUUCUUGCUAAAUAUUUGCUACUAUUUUAUUCCGAUUCUUCAGUGUUCCUUUGAUUUACAUAUGACUCGUUACCAUUUCAUCUUUUAACCCAAUCUCACUCAUUUAAUAGGGUUGUUUCAUUCGUUUGCAUGGGAAGAUGCUCAUUGUAUAUUGUAAAGUGAAAAUAAUAUGUUGCAAAAUGAUAUAUAUAGGUAUAUCUAUCUAUAUAUAUCUUAUAUGUACAUUUAUACAUGUCAUAAUGCAAAAAAUGUCUGAAUUAUUAUACACCAAAAGGUUAAGUGAAUCUCUGUGAUCUGUAUUUUAUUUUAUUUUUUGCCUAUUUGCAUCUUCCCAUUUUCCAAAAAAAUGAAUAAUAUAAAUGUGUGUAUA